AUGUCCGUGGAUAAUACCUACCCCCUGCUCCUCAUGAAGGAUAUGCUAAACCACUUAUCCAAAGGCAAGGUCUUCACGAAGCUGGACCUGAGGGAAGCCUAUUACUGCAACCAAAUUAGGGAAGGGGAUGAGUGGAAAACUGCAUUCAACUGCCCCCUUGGCAGCUUCCAGUUCAAAGUCAUGUCAUUUGGCUUACAAGGACCCCCUGCAGUAUUCAUGCAGCUAAUCAACGAAGUGCUGCAUGAGCAUCUAUACCAAGGGGUUCUAGUCUACCUGGAUGCUAUUCUCAUAUUCAGCAAGACCUUAGAGGAACACGUGAAACUAGUGUGA